AGAAGAAAUGUUGAGACUCGAAUAAAGCUCUCUUGUAUGCCCCACAAGUCCGCCAUGGGUGUUGGGAAGUCUAAACUAGAUAACUGCCCCCUUUCUUGGCAUAAAAGACACAGUGUGGAUACAGAUCAAGACUGCCAUGAGUCAGAGACCGGGAAAUUGGAGGAUGUGUCCUUGCAUGGUUUUGUGGAGCACGGCAAUAAAACAGGGCAGCCAACAGGAGGGCAGGAGGGAGCUGAGGCAAAGGGAGAGAUGCCUGAGGAGGACGCUGAAGAAGAAGUGUUCCUCAAAUUCGUGAUACUGCAUGCAGAACAUGACACAGAGGAGGCCCUCAGAGUCCAGGAUCUACUGCAAAAUGACUUUGGUAUCAGGCCUGGCAUAAUUUUCGCCGAGAUGCCGUGUGGCAGAAUGCACUUGCAGAAUCUAGAUGAUGCUGUAAAUGGGUCUGCUUGGACGAUCUUGUUACUGACUGAAAACUUUCUAAGAGACACCUGGUGUAACUUCCAGUUCUACACUUCCCUGAUGAAUUCUGUGAACCGGCAGCACAAAUACAACUCCGUCAUACCCAUGCGGCCCCUGAACAGCCCUCUUCCCCGGGAAAGGACUCCCUUGGCGCUACAGACCAUCAAUGCCUUAGAAGAAGAAAGCCGAGGCUUUUCUACGCAAGUGGAGAGGAUUUUCCAGGAGUCUGUGUAUGAGCGGCAGCAAGCUGUAUGGAAAGAAACACGAAGUGUGUUGCGAGGACAGUUCAUUGCCUGAGACGAAGCACACACCCGGCUGGCUCCUGUUCUGUAAACAAAAUGAUUCAUCCUCACUUGAGAAAGCAGUGUCUCAGAAAUGCUUCCAUUUGAGUGGGUCUGCUUCCAAGAAAUUUGUAGAGCGCAAGAAAGGUACAUUUCCGCAGGCCUAGGAUUGUAGACGUCUCUGAUGGUAAACUCAAGAUGGUCAGUUUCUAGCACUUUUUUCUUUGUAGUUUUCAUAGUUCAUGAAUAUUCUUAACUCAUUUCUUUUGUUGAACCGUGAACAGGUGUGUAUGAUAGACAUUUUCAAAAUACGAAGUUAAAAAUCCUAAAAAGACAUGAAGAAAGUGGCUCCGACCGUGAGAGGUCUGACUACCUUCCUUCCUA